AUGGCAGAUCGCGCGACAGAAUCCGUGGGACAGCCAGACACGAACUCAAUCGAGAAUGAAAACAGACAUGCACCCGAUGAGGAAAGCCCACUGCUAUCUCAAUCGCCUCAAUCGCAGACAGCAGAGCCUAAAGCGGAGGCUCUUGCGGGGGUGGGAACCAUCAUAGCAGUGCUAUUACUUGGCGAAUUUAUUUCCAAUGCCGAUGCGACACUGGUCAUGGCAGCGGCAGGACGUAUAUCUUCCGAAUUCAAUAGACUACGCGAUGCCAGUUGGUUGUCCACCGGGUAUACCCUUGGUCUUUGCGCUGCCCAACCGAUGUAUGGCAAACUGAGCGAUAUCUACGGUCGCAGGCCACUAUUGCUUAUCUCAUAUUUCCUUUUCGCAGUGGGUUGUAUCCUUAGCGGUAUCGGUUCGCAAAUGUGGAUGGUCGUCCUGGGUCGAAGCAUUAGCGGCAUGGGUGGCGCGGGCAUUAUGACCGUCAGCUCUGUGGUCAUUACAGACAUAGUUCCCAAGCGGGAAAUAGCCAGUUGGCGGGCGUAUGUGAACAUCGCCAUGACUCUGGGUCGCAGCCUCGGAGGGCCUGUGGGUGGAUGGCUGAGUGAUACAAUUGGAUGGAGAUGGCUAUUCAUCCUUCAAGCACCAUUCCUUGCUCUCGCUGCCCUACUGGUAGUCUUGAAACUGAAUGUCGCUGAAAAGAUAGAUCCCAACUCCAAGGACAGCAAACUCGCCAAAAUCGACUUCCUAGGAACAUCCCUCCUAGGAUCCUCUAUCAUCGCCAUGACUCUUCUUCUCGACCAAGGUGGAAAGUCAUUCCCCUGGUACUCAUGGUGGACCGCCCUACUAGGAAGUGGUGGUAUAUCACUACUAGUGGCAUUUGUCCUUGUUGAAGCCUACGUUGCCCGCGAGCCAAUCUUCAACCUGCGCAUUCUCCGUCGACCGAAUGUAUCGGCCGCGUACACCAUCGGAGCCCUCCAAAUAACAGCACAACUGGGAAUGCUAUUCUCAGUCCCGCUAUACUUCCAAGUCACACAGCGAGCAUCAACCACAGCGGCAGGUGGCCAUCUCGUUCCGGCCGUGGUUGGAAAUACCCUCGGCUCGCUAGUAGCUGGAAUAUUCAUCAGACGCACAGGACACUACAAGAGUCUCCUCAUCGCAGCCGGUCUUGUCGCAUCUAUUUCCUAUAUACUCCUCUUCCUCCGCUGGGAGGGAAACACCGGCUUCUGGGAAUCACUCUACAUCCUCCCCGGUGGCCUAGGAACAGGAAUUGCAUCGGCCUCAGCAUUUGUAGCGAUGACAGCCCUACUACCUCCAGAGGAAGUAGCCAUGGCUACUGCAGGAUACAUGUUGCUAAUCGGCUUCUCAAUGACAGCCGGAGUGACGACUUCGAAUUCUGUUCUGGGGAUGGAGUUCCAGCGCGAGCUGCGGAAGAAUCUACAAGGGCCAGGCUCUGAGAAGGUGAUUAAACGAGCUAUGGCUGAUACGAACUAUAUUGCCCAUCUCACUGGUAAGGUACGAGAUAUUGUGAUAACCUGUUAUGUUAGUGGGCUCAAGCAUACAUACCUUGUUUCUCUCGCUUGUUCUUUACUUGCAUCCUUUACUGGGUUGUUCAUUCACCAUCACCAACUUUAG